GCAACGCUUACGACUGUGGUUCCACAUGGCGAAGGACGUAGUCUGAUUUUCAAGUUUCGGACAGAAGCCGACUGUCAUUUCAUGAGAAGCUAGGUGCCGCACAAGGACCUGUCUUUAUUGGCCAGUCGUUUCUUUUGAUUUUUUAUUGUUAUUCCCGUAAUCUGUACGGUAUGGGCAAAAGUAAAAACAAGAAAUUUAAGCGUCCCCAGUUUUCUGCCGAUGGACUGCCAGUUAGUUUGGUGAAAGAAGAAGACGUGGAGGAGAGCGAACCGGCGGUGGAGUCUCCGGCCGCCGAGCUGCUAGACAAACUGCAGAGCCCCAACGCAGAUGUCAGGGAAUACGCUUGUGCCAGCAUUUCGCGCAUGGUGCAGCAAAGCCAGGUGAUCCCAUCCUUCCUGCAGCGUGAUGCUGUUCGAUGCCUAGGACCCCUCCUGUUGGACCGCAGCCUGGCUGUGCGGGAGACCGCUGCUGGAGCGCUCAGGAACCUCAGUGCCUGCGGGGGGUUUGAGGUGUGUGAGGACAUGGUGAAGCAGGACGUUCUUACGCCACUAACUGCUUUGCUUCAGGAGUGCAGCACGGCCUUCGACUCGACUCCGUUGCUGAAGUCAGAGCAGACAGAGCAGUGGCACACGGUGGAGGGUGUAGCCAACGAAGCUGUCAACUUGCUGUGGAAUCUCUGCGAAAGCUGCAGCCAGGCGGUGACCAUCUUUAAUAAAGCUGGGCUUCUGGAUGUGCUGCUGCGGUGUCUGGAGCAACGGUCUCACAACGUCGAGCUGGCUGUAUCUGCUGCUCACUGCCUGCACGCGGUCACUGAGGAGAACUCGGAGCUUCUGGGGGGCUUGCAGCCAUCAGUCCUGCGGCUUCUCGAGUCGGUGCUGAUGGACAACCAGUCGGGAAUGGCGAACCUGCAGCUGCGCACCCUCAUUGCAGGAGCCGUGUGGAACCUGAAGGGAAGUUUGCCAGCAGACCGUCAAGCUCAGACUCUCAGUGCUGUGGUGGCCACCCUAGCCCAAGCUGUAGAGCUGGACUCUGGCUUGGUGAUACUUGAGCUCCACGCGGCCGAGACGGCGCGGCUCCGAGCCACGGCCGAUGGAGUGCAUGAGGAAGCAACCGAAGUGAUGGAGCAGGAAGAGCCAGAGGAGGGAGAUGGGGAGAUGACGAACGGGAGAGCGGCCAAGAGGGAUAAUGACGUCUCGGACCUCCUGCCUGCGACAGACGCGGAGCUGCGCGAGGCCACUGCCCUGCUGGCGGCACAGCAGACUUCUUUGGAAAUCAUCGUCAACAUGUGCUGCUCAGACGACCCCUCGGAUGACGAAUGGGAGGAGAUGUCGAGCAGCGACGAGAGUGAGAUGUGUCCUGACAGCAUGUCGGAGGGCGGCUCCUGCCUGCUCUCACCCCUCUGUCUGUCUGCUGAAGUCCACAGUGCACUUCUGAACCACAGCAUCCCAGAGAAGGUUCUCCGGAAGACCGAGUUCCCCAGUAGUGCUGCCGUGGAGGUCUGUAACAAGAGCCUGGCCUGGAAGUGCCUCAUCAAAAAAAUGCAACGAGUGCAGUGUCGGGCACUCACCUGUCUCCACAACAUCCUGUCUUCGAUGGAGGUGGAGGCCCUGGGUGGAGCCACGGCCCUUCAGACGCUGGCGGAGCACCUGUCUAAGCUGGUGUUCGGCAUGCCAGAAGUCUCUAAGCAGGAGGAGUUCUUAGAUGCGGCCACCAGCGCCCUGAGGUCACUGCUGCAGAUAAUGGCCUCCAGAAGCAUACCCCAGUGCAUCAGUCCCCAGCAGCUGAUGGGUCUGAGCGAGGCAGCAACGCGCUGUGACAUGGUCAGUGUGCGAGUCAAUGCACUCGCCAUCCUGGGCAUCACAGGCAGCACACUGGCCAGGGAGCGCAACUCUGUGGACAGCCUACAGCUUAUUGGCAAUGCCCUCUUAGAGGUGGCGACAAGAGACCCCAACAUGGUGGUGUGCGGGGAAGCUCUGGAUGCCCUCUUUGAUGUCUUCGCUGAUGGGAAGGAGGCUGAGCAAGCCGCACAAAACAUCCGUCUGCUGCCUGCGCUUAAGGCCCUGCAGCCCGUAUUCAAGGCCAAGCUACGCAAGGAAGGCAAAGGGAAGUACAGUCAGGACCAGCUGUGUGUCCUGGACAACAUUAGGAUCAACCUGCGGCGCUUCAUCGGAUACCUGGAGUCCUUGGACAGGAGCGCUAGUGCCUAACAAAGUGAUGCUGCAAGUCUGCUUCGCCUACUGGGUGAUGGACACCCUCGUCUGCAGAGAGACAGCGUUAUGGCGUCCCUUUGCAUUUCUCUUAAAGGGUAUAAAAAGGGACUUUUUGUGUUUCAUCUUCUCACUUUUAAUCUCUAAGUAUUAUUUCAAUAAUGUGAACAUGAUUCAUAAAAUAUCUACUUAUUGUAAUGAAGAUAAAUAUGGUGGCAUGGUUGUUGUAUAACCUUUGUCUUUCUUCUUGCAAUAAAGUUUGUAAUGUUUUGAUUUAGUUCUUUUCACAUUUUUGUUGUUUUACUUAUACAUGUAUUUUGCAACUUGUACAGUAAAAUGCAGGUCUGCAAUACUUUAUCUGCAAUUCUGAAGUCCAAAAAGCUACGAAGACUGAAUCUUAAGUUUGACACCAAACCUGUAAAAGCCAAACUUGACAAGGAUGACAAUGGUAACACUGAUGUUCCCUCUUCUCUGAGAUUCUGAAGCAACCAGAUGUGCUGAACAUUUAUUGUGUGUAUAUGUAUAGGUAUUUAGGGGUGGUUUGAACCUGUAUAUGUUUAGUUUUACUGAACAUUUUUCUUAGAAAUAAAUAUUGGAGUAUUUGUAUAUUUUUAUCCCACAGUUUUAUUAACAAGUUUAUUACUGUAUAAAUAAACUGUUACUAUUUAUAAUCUCUAUUAAUCCCACUUUGUGUCAAAAUUCAUACUAUUUGCUGCAGAAAUAUUACUGUUUAAUUACUGAAUGCUGCCCUAGACUCCCAUGGGAGUGUUAUGUAAUA